AUGGUGUCCAGCGAAUCUCAGGAGAACGAGAUGAGGAAGCAAACUCAGAGAACAUGGGAGAAGGUUCUCAAACAACCUCGAAGGGCAACACGAACGGACAUACGCAGAAAAGCAGGAGAAACCCCAAGCAACCCUCUGGUGUUAAUUUCAGAAGAAAAGGAGCAUGAACCGAAGUCGCCUCAAGUUCAAGCAGUAGCAGGAUCACCACCGCGUGAACAUGGCUUCAUAUACGAAGAAGACAAUGGUGACAAGAAACCAUCGGCAGAACAAGGCAAAGUGGAAGGGUCUGAGCCUCCAUUUAUGAAGUUCUCACCGGUUGUUCAACCUGAUAUGUAUGCUGAAAUUUUGAAUAUGAGCAAUUCAGAAUAUCUCCAAAAUUUGAAACAACUGACGUUUGGACCGGUUCUACCCCCUCCUGGUUUCGGUUUCGAUGGGCUCUAUCAACCUCCACCUCCACCAGAGCCUCUUCCGAAGUUUCCACCAAGUCUGCCAGUUCUUGCACCUCUGCCACAAGAAAUUCCUGCUCCUCCACCGCCUCCUCAUCAGAUGCCGAUCAACCUGUUCAUCCGUCCUCCUGUGGACUUUACUAGGUUUUUCAAUCAAACCUACUCAUCUUCAAGCUCAAACGGGUCAAUGUUCGAGGAAAGUGAGUCCAGUGAUGACUCUGGACCAGGAUACGCUCCUUCACCGCCAGGAGGUUAUGACUUAGAUGAUUGCAUGAGUACUGGUUUCUCUGCCUGUUGA